GUUGGCACCUGCAUGUGACCUGGCUCCUGCCGGGUAACCACAAGGUCUCCCCCACCUGGAUUGCGGCCUGCGGGAGCCCCCUAGGUGGAGGCCAAUAGUAAAGGAUCAUAAAGUGGGCGGUACCUGGCAGGGGCAAAGAUCGUCCCAGCAGAGGCAACGCCAGCCAGCCAGCAGGCUGCUCAGAGGGUCCGGGACGGACGCAGCCCGGGCUUGGACUCUCCCACCGGCCCCAAGAUGGGGGCUUGGGCCCUGCUGCUGCCGCUGCCGCUGCUCAUGGCCGUAGCCCAGGCCCAGGACUGCUCCGUGAACAACACCUUCUUUCAAGUGUUGGAGAAUACGAAGCCGAGUGGGCCCUUGGUGGACAUCUACGUCCCUGAGGGCCAGCAGGUGACCCUCGGACCCUCAUCCACCCCCUUCGCAUUUCUGAUCCAGGGGACCCAGCUCUUUCUCAACGUGACUCCUGACUACGAGGAGAACACCAUGUUGGAGGCACUCCUCGAGUGCAGAAGGGGUGGCACUGUGGUGACCCAGCUGAGGGUGUUUGUGUCUGUGCUGGACGUCAAUGACAACGCCCCAGAGUUCCCCUUUAAGGUCAAGGUCGAAAGGGUGCCGGAGGACACUCAAGUGAAUGCCACAGUCAUUCCUGAGAAGGAGCUGGAAGCCCAGGACCGCGACAAAGACGACAUCUUGUUCUAUACCCUCCAGGAAGUGACGCCAGGGGCCAGGAACUUCUUCUCCCUGGUGGGUGCAAACCGCCCCGCCCUGCGGCUGGACCAGCCCCUGGACUUGGACAGGUGGCCGAACAUGACCUUCCAGCUGCUGGUGCGGGACACCUGGCAGGACAACGCGGUGCCCAGCCACUCGGCCAGCGCCACUUUGGUCCUGGAGGUGCAGCCGGUCGACCGGCGGCCCCCCUGGUUCCUGCCUUGCAUCUACUCCGAUGGUUAUUUCUGCUUGAAUGCCGAGUAUCAUGGGGCUAUCCCCACAGGCCACAAACUGCCGACCCCCCUCAUCCUGCAACCUGGGCCCAUCUACGCUGUGGACGGGGAUUGGGGCAUCAACCAGCGCAUCAUCUACAGUCUCCUGAAGGGACAUGAAGACGGCACUUUUGUCAUCGAUGCUGACUCAGGCAAUCUGACCAUGACCAGAAGCGUCCCCAGUCCCAAGACCUUCCUUUUGCUGGUCAAGGCAGAGCAGGCGGACCACAUCAGAUACUCGGUGACCCAGGUCAGAGUGGAUGCCCAAAACGCCUCGGGGAGCCUACCCCGCUUUCCCUUGAGCCUGUACCGAGGCAUGGUGGCUCUGGGCUCGGGCGUGGGUGUGGCUGUCAAGGACGCAGCUGUCCCCUCCCAGCUUCUGAGGAUCCGGGCCCAGGACCCCGAGUUCCCGGACCUCAACUCAGCCAUCACAUAUAAAAUCACCAACAACUCCAACUUCCGAAUGGACGGGGAGACUGUGCUGACCGCUGCCCCACUGGUGCUGGCCGGGGUCUUCUACGCGGAGGUUGAGGCCAACAACACGGUGACAUCUGGCACAGCGAUCACCGUCGUGGAGAUUCAAGUGUCAGAGCAGGCGCCCACCCCCACAGGCCCCCCGGGCCCUUCCACACCCCCAGAGGCUGGAGGAACGACCCGGCCCUCGAGCAGCACCACUUCGGAAGCCCCCAGGCCCCCCGGGCCCCCCGGGCCUUCUCAGAGACCCUCCACGACCAGCUCUGGGGGGGGCACUGGUCCUGACCCCCCCGCCGGCACAACUCUGAGGCCACCUGCCUCGUCCACGCCUGGGGGGCCCCCCAGUGUGGGAACCAGCGCCUCCCCCCCAUCAGCCUCACCCAGCGGGGGCUCAGCACAGACCCCGAAGCCAGGAACCUCUCAGCCGACAUCUCCUGGGUCCAGCAGGACCCCCCAGCUCCCAGGAGGCGGCACUGGGGGGGUUGACCAGCCAGAUGGCAGCCACGCUGAGGACCGGCGCUUCUCGGCCGCGGAGAUGGGGGCCCUGGGCGGUGUGCUGGGCGUGCUGCUGCUCCUGGCGUUGAUGGGCCUGGCCAUCCUCAUCCACAAGCACUAUGGGCAGCGGCUGAAGUGCCGCUCCGGCAAAGCUCUGGAGCCCAGCGGCUUCGACAACAAGGCCUUCCUCCCCGACCAAGAGGCCAACUGGGCGCCCGCCCCCAGCCCCACCCCGCGGAGAUUCUGGGCCGGGGACAGGCUCAGGAGCCCCCUGAAGAGCGCGGGGAGAGCACAGCCCGUGGGGUCCCGCGGGAACAGCAAACACUCAGGCGCCCCGACGGCGGCCUGUGAUGCGGCGUGGGGCGCGGCCCGCGUGGCAGGAGUCGGGAGCAGUGGCCCGGCCAUGGGCUCGGGGUGGCGGGUGGGGGGCCGGCUGGUGCACCCAGAGGCUGCGGCCGGGAACCAGGGCCGUAGCGUGGGGGGCAGCCCCCUCCGCUGGACUUCCGCCCUGACCGCCACCACACUGGCUCCAGCCUGCGCGCCCCGCAGGCCCGGACGCUGGCUCAACACCUGUGACUUCACGUGUGCGCUCCGCCACAUCUGUUGUCACAUCCAUCGUGCCACCUUUGCCAAGAAACCCAUCCCUGGGCAACGUCGUGGCCAUAAGCCUUCAACCCACAUCUGUGACCCCAACUCCUGUAACAACUGGGCCACACUUGUGACACCGAGCCAUACUACCUGCGGCGACACAUAG